AUGUCCAGCUUCGUGACGUAUGCGUGUCCGGCGCCUUGGCUGCAGGAGGUGCCGGGUCCAACGGACUCAGUACCUACCGACUUCUCGGUACCAUUACCUGUGAACUUGCUUAGCCCCCCGUCCGCGCCCCCUUCGGGCAGCAUUGGGCAUCCGGAGCUUUGCAGCCGACCCUGUGUUCGCCUCAUGCGCUCCGGGUACUGCGAGCAGGGAAACGCCUGUCGCUUUUGCCAUCUCCCUCAUGAAGGUCCCGCCGCGAAGCCCGACCAGGUGAAGCGCCGGCUCAUGCAGGCGAUGUCUGAUGGUGAGCUGAUGGCGACUCUUCUGCCGCACAUCCGCACCCGGGCCCUCGAGGCCGGGCUCACACCCAAAGUGUUUGCGCUGCUGGCAGAACUGGAGGAGACCUUGCGGGUUUGGGGUCGUGUUUUAACGGACGAUUGUCGGCUUGGCACUUUCUAG